UUGGAAUUCCUCAUUAAGCGUCAUUUUUCAGUACCAACACAGCCGACGACGACGUCGACGGAAAGGUCUGUGGCUGUUGAUGUCCCUCUACAACAGUUGACCGUACAACGAGUUACUAGUUGCACUGCCGUUCGGAAUGAUAUGCAGCAUGCGGCCGAGUUGAUGAUCGCCUCGAAUCUGAUCAACAGCGUAGAGGAUAACUUUGGUCGAACAACGCUGUCAAUCGAUGAAAUCACUAAGAGUGUACCAUCGGGUUGCGUUCCUCAACUUACAUCGAAUGGCGUCGAUUGUAAUAAGAAUCUCUGUUAUCAUCUUAUGUAUCGAACCUUGGAUGGCACUUGUAAUAACCUCGACAAACCAAUGCAAGGAGCUGCGUUCCGGCAGUACAUCAGGCACUUCCCCCCACAGUAUGAUGACGGAGUUGGAGAGCCAAUCUCAUCGAUUACCCCAUCACGACCAACAGCUCGUGAAACGAAUCGAAUUAUGCUUUCAUCACCACAAAGUGUCGUUCAUGAUAAGUACAACAAUCUAAUGAUGCAGUUUGGUCAAUUCAUGUCCCACGAUAUGGCCAAAACCACCUUACAACCGUCAGCUCAAUGUACCUCAUGUUCACCGAUGAAAUCGAAAUGUAUGCCAAUUCCCAUCGGAGUGAAUGACCCGAAUUCAGCAUUCAAGCAGAAGCAAUGUCUCAAGGUGUCUCGAUCGGCACCGAUCUGCCAUGUCACGCCAAGGGAGCAGCUCAACGAGAACACUGCCUACAUCGAUGGCUCAAUGAUCUAUGGAUCAUCUCCAAAGGAUCUGCACAAAUUCCGAGACGGCAGGACUGGAAUGCUUAAAAUGAACCGAUUCAACAAUCAGUUGGUGCUACCUUUCGAUCAGUCAAAAUGCCCACACAAAGACAAAUGCACGGCGUCAUUCACAGCUGGUGAUAUUCGUGCAAAUCUAUUCAUCGGACUGAGCAGUUUACACAUCAUCUUUGCCAGGGAACAUAACAGGUACCGUAGGGAUUCCAAAAAAAAAUUAGAAAUACCCGUCAUGUAG